CCAGCCAGUGCCCCCCAUCUCAACAAGGUUAGAUAAUGGAGACCCUUUGCUAGGGGCUCCUCUGGCUCAGGGCAUUCUGUGUCGUCCUCACGCCUCCAUCAGCAUCCAAGGCCUCUUUUCUAAAGUUUCAUGUGCCCUCUGCCUCACCAAGGAUGUCAGUCCACUGGGGAUCCAAGGUGACAGCUCUCAGCCUUUCCCAGUAUUCCUCCUCCUGCCUAAGGGGCCUUCACUGGUCUUUGCUACACUAAGUUCAGUGAUCUCACACUCUGGGAUUAGUGUUUAACUCUGCAGCAGUGUGCCUCCAUUUCACAGAUGGGUAAAAUGAGACUGAGAAUGAUGUAUUGGCUGCUUCUAGUAGGUAAGACCCGUGAUGUGAUUGAGCUUAAAUAUGAGCCCACUGCUGAGUCCUGGCACCCUCGCUUCUAAAAAAAGUUAUCAAAACCUACCUGAUGCUUCCAGGCCACCCUGGGGUAGAGGCCAGGGAUUAGGCUGGCUGCCUGAGUUUACCCUAAUCCCCUCUCUGUGGAUCCCAGGUGAUGAGCUCAAGCCUGAGGGGUCAUAAGCAGCUUUCUGGACCCUGAGAGCCCAGGGAACUGCAUUGCUGAGUCCCCUUAUCUUCUCCAUGGCAACAGAGCAGGGCUCACAACUGGUUCCUGGCCCCCAGAAGACCCCUGAAGGAGCUGCAUCUCCUGAGAGUGCUGCUGAGGGCUCCACCUUGGCCAGAAGAAGGAGCAAGAAGGAGAAGAAGCCACCAGGGUCCCAGAAGGCCAGUUCUGAGAAGCAGUCCUCUGGCCAGGGUUCUGAGCCCUCAGGAAGCAGCAAGAACCCCCCAAAGACCAGGGCGGGGCAGGAUGAGCCAUCCUCAGCAUUGCCCAGUCAAGCCUCCCACCGACAAUCCCACCGACAUCGUCCUGACUCCCAGCAGGACGCUGCCCAAAGGACGUAUGGGCCCCUGCUCAACCGCAUCUUUGGAAAGGAUCGUGAACUGGGCCCUGAGGAGUUGGAGGAACUUCAGGCUGCCUUUGAGGAGUUCGACACUGACCAGGAUGGCUACAUUGGCUACCGGGAGCUAGGUGACUGCAUGCGGACACUAGGCUACAUGCCCACAGAGAUGGAGCUCCUGGAAGUGUCACAGCACGUGAAGAUGCGCAUGGGUGGCUUCGUGGAUUUUGAAGAGUUUGUGGAGCUGAUAAGCCCAAAGCUGAGGGAGGAGACAGCUCAUAUGUUGGGUGUACGAGAGCUCCGCAUCGCUUUCCGAGAGUUUGACAAGGACAGGGAUGGGCGGAUCACAGUGGCAGAGCUGCGGCAGGCAGCACCAGCCCUGCUCGGGGAACCACUAGAGGGCACUGAGCUGGAUGAGAUGCUGCGAGACAUGGACCUUAAUGGGGAUGGCACCAUAGACUUUGACGGUGAGUCACCCUCACAAACACGCCCCUCCCAUGCCUCAAUGGGGAUGGCACCCUAGACUUUGACGGUGAGUCACCCUCACAGACACACCCCUCCCAUGCCUCUAGCCCUUUGAACCUCCUUCAGUCCCUGACCUGGGUUGGCCUUUCCCUACCCCUCUCUCCUGCAGAAUUUGUAAAGAUGCUAUCUACUGGGUGAGGCACCUGGGGGGACAGCCUACUGCCCCUGAGGCCCAGAUACCCGGCCGAGAACCAGACUACCACACCCUUCCCCAGGGUGGGAGAGAUCCUCCCCAGCUGUAGGCUGCUUCUACCCCUGGCCACACCUGACUACUCCAGUGUCUGCUGCACUGUCUUCUCCUCCUGAGCUCUGGAGGGAAAAAUGGCAGCUGGUUGCAGUUCUCAGCAGAGAACAAUAUUUGGACUUCUCCAGAUCCUGGAGAGGUAGGAGUUCCCAGCUUUUGCUGCAUUCGAAUAAAUCAGACAUAGUGUGUGGUGGGGAAUUCCUAGGACAUGGUGGAUGGCGAUGUGUAUAGAGUGCUGUUUUGAAAAAUGUAAUUGGCUGAUAGAAUGGCCCAGCAGGUAAAAGCUCUUGCUACCGAGUCAGAAUUGUAUCUUUGAUGUUUUUGUAGUGGGGUUGGUGGCGCACGCCUUUAAUCCCAGCACUCGGGAGGCAGAGGCAGGCGGAUCUCUGUGAGUUCCAGGCCAUCCUGGUCUAUAGUAUAGAGUGAGUUCCAAGACAGCCAGGGCC